GAGCUAAAGGAUUUUUUUCUGGGAACUUGAACUUGGCACACUUUCAAGUAGUUCAGUUUAAGAUUAUUCAGUCGAUAGAAUAUUGACCCGUAAAUAUUUCUACCUUGUUCGAGUUUUUCCCAGUGAGUCCGUCGAAACGUUUUUAAUUCUUAAAGAUGGUACAACGAAAGAGAAAAGGCAAGAGUUUGGGCCUCCUAUAAGAACUGUCUUUACUUUGGAUCUUUAAGAUAUUGGAGAUUGAAGCCUUUCCUGAUGAAAUCAACUAGCCUAUUGAUUGUUUACCAAAGAAUAACUGAUAAAUCUAAAACCACUGCAAAGGGUCCUCCUGCCAAAAGUGCUUUAUCAGUAGACUUCGACUCGAAAUACGAAGAUUCAACACCUCUUGGUAAACAAUAUCAGGCUGAGAUACCACCACUUGCAACAGCUCCUUAUGAUGAAGAUGAAGCUCCAUACCUGGAUAAAGAGACCUUAGUGUGGAGUCCUUAUAAACUGAGUGAGGAAGUAGUUCAGAAACAUCUUGCAGACAUUGGCAUAACAGGGCGAAGAGGUCGCCAUCAGAUGACUGCUUACGAUGAAGAAAUGGCAUUGUUUGAAUUGCAUAGAUCAGAUUAUGACACUGAGGAAGCUAAGAGAAGGUUUUUGAAUAGGCCACCUAUUGCUUCUCUAGAAGAUGUUUGGUGUGAAGAAGAUAAGAAUCUCUAUAAUAUUGAGUUUAAGAAAAAUGGCAAAGACUUUGGCGCAAUUCACCGAGUUUUGUUUUGGAAAAGCAUUGAAGAAAUUGUUGAAUAUUACUAUGUUACAAAAAAGACUUGUUAGUCAAGACUUUUUUAUUUGUUUCAUAUCUGUAAUUUGCCUUUGACUUGUCAUGUGAUAUCAAAAAUUACUGUGAUAUUUUUGUACAUGAUGAAAGAAUGUUUUAAAUGUUUUUUGUCUGUAAAUAGUCUCUUAAUCUGUCAUUUUAACUGCUUUGAGAUUAAUUAACAUUAUGGAAGUUUUUGCUAAUUUCCUAUUUUUGAGUUCUUAACAUGAAUUUCAUAUUUGAAAUAUAUAUAUGUAUAUUUUUUUUUCUCUUUCCUUUUAUACAUAUAUAAAUGUAAAGAAAGAGGUCUUGUUAGAAACUAAAUUUAAAUUUUUUAAUUUAUUGAUCUUGAGUAUAAAUGAUAAUUACUUAUUUUUGAGCUCUUAACUUGUAUUUCAUUUGCUAAAUAUUUAAUUUUGGUUCAACUUAUAUAUUUUUAUAUAUAAACUAAAUUUCAUUUAACAUUUAAUUAUUUAAAUUUAUUAAAGAAAAAAAUUUUAAUUCAAAUUUAUUUUACAGCUGAUGCUCACAUUUCUCUUUCUGCCAUUGAAAAUUUUAUUUACUAUCAAAAUUGGUACUUAAGAUAAAGCAUUUUUACUUAUUAACAAUGUGGGCUCUGAUAAUAGCGAGGAAAGUACAAAUUUAUAUUGUUUGUAUUCAAUAAUUUCUGUUACAUAAUUGUCACUGUACAGAGAGUAGUGAUAGGAUGAAUCUUGAAUUAUGUUUGACCAAUUUUUAAUUACUUCAAACAAAGCUUGUUUUUAAAAAAUCUACCAUUUUUUCAUUAUUAUGUUUUUAAUAAAACUUACAUAAGAGAAAUACUUUAAAAAAUGUGUUUGCUAUUUGAAGAGUUAGGUGAAGAAGGUUCUAAGUGUCACUUUUGAAAAAAAAAUUGACUUCUCAGGGAAAUAUUUUUAUUUUAUUAUUCUUAUUUUACUAUAAAAAAAAUUUUUUUUCUUCCUCAAGCCUUUACAUUUUGAAGAUCUUAAGAGAUUUCUUAGUUCUUAGAUUUAACUAAUGGCAGGUUUACGAACAAGAAAUAAAGGCAUAGCAUAAUCUACCUUAAAUGUAUAAAAUUUAAUAAUUUACUCAAGUUCAUUGAAAUAUCUCUUAGAGCCUUCAUCUACUUAGCUCUUCAUAUAUUAUGAGUUGUACUAUGUAAGUACAGUACAGAUUUAUAACUUUUGAAAUUAAAUAGUUUAUUUUUUCAAAAAGAUUUUAAUGAAAGUUACAGCUAAAAAUUAAAAUGUCUUCCUAGAAUUAUAUAUUCCAGAAAAAGAAACAUUUAUUGUAAGAAUCAAAAUAGUUGUGUAUAGGAAACACACAGCUUUAGUUAUUUAAAAAUAUUCAGAAGCUUGUUUAUUUCAAUGUGAGUACUAAAAUGUUAACAUGUAUAUCUAAUCUUGUUUGAAUAAAUUUGUUACUUUUA